AUGCAGCCACCUGCAGACAAGUUACCACAAAUCCACAGAACACCCUUUUCUGUGGAGGAUAUCUUGGAUCCAACUAAAUUCACGAGAAAAUUCAGCUGUUCUGAGGAUGAAGCAGCGACAGGAGCUCGUGACCUCAAGGAUGAAGGCAGAAAGACACAGCAUCCCUCAUCAGGUGGAAGCUGCAGCCUGGAGACUCCGUGCCCGGUGAAGCCCCUCAGCUCCACGGAGAAAAACCGUCGGAUCCGCACCGCUUUCACCGUAAAGCAGCUGCAGGUCCUGGAGCAAAGUUUCCAGAGGUGCCACUACCUGUCGGUGCUGGAGCGGCACACCAUCGCCGCGGCCCUCCACCUGUCCGAGACUCAGGUCAAGAUCUGGUUUCAGAACAGACGCACCAAGUGGAAAAAGGAACAUCUGCAGGCGAAAGAGGAAGAGGAACAGCAUACCUUCACAUCAUCGCAGUCCAUGCACGCUGCGGCAAGUGCACCUCUGUCCUGUGGUCCUCUGUUCUACCAGCAGCGCACUCCGCUCCAGCUGUUUGCGCCACUGCCGCUAUUGCCUUAUUGUCAGUAUACAUGA